UUUUGUGUAGUUGAUGUACGGGUGUGGACUUGUCAAGCCGAUUAUCGUCGUUCAUCCACACGUAGGACAGUGAGGCAAGCGACACAAUGGGCAGCAACAACUCUGUUAACGUUAAUGGAAACAACAACCACAUUUGCUGUAUGUCAAGACGUUCCCGGGGCCGGACCAGGUCUACUACCUGCGUGAGCUACAGUGAUUCCGUGAAGGAAUUUGAAGUGGGGGAUUUGGUAGACGUAACACUAACCAUACCUGAAAGAAGUCGCAGAUUGAACAUUGGCUUCCUGGCUGGCAUCAACACACAGAUGGACGAUAUUGCCCUGCUCAUCUCGGCGGAUUUCUUCACCAAGGAGUUGAAUUUCUAUGCAAGGAAGGGGCAAAGAUGGGGCACGCUGCAAACCUCAGAGAAGCUUCCCUUGGAGCAAGGAGGAGAGGCUGUCAUCCAGAUCAAGUACAUGGGAUCUCACAAUCAGGUGUCUGUAAACGGCCGAGAACUCGCCAACCUCAAACACCGCGUUGACCCUAACACCGUACAAUCUCUCUUCAUCGAAUCAGAUGUACAAGUCGAAAGAAUCGAUUAUAGGCCUUCUCGUGAAGGUUAGUGAGACGACAGCAUUGGCUCACUGAGGUGAACGAGGCUGAGAAGUAACGAUUGAGCACGAGAAUCUUACGUCAAGGAAAUGGAAGAAGUAGGAGAUCUGGAAUUAGGAGUGCAAGGUCUGCAACACAUUAGGCUCAUUCUUCGGGGAAAGUGACAAAUUUGACAAGCGCAUGUUCAUAAUAAUUACUAUAUAACGUAAUAUUUACAUAUAAUGGAUGGUUGAAGUUGAAAGUAAUAUAAUGAGAAUUUAUCUUGAGACUGUGGGAGUCAGCACUUAAAAUCAUCCAGCGAGUAAAAGUGAAAAGCAGUAAAAGCAGAUGUGUUGCAUUGCUUUGUUAAAAAGAUAAUUAAAUGGACUUGUACAACAUCACUAUGUCUGUAAGAGUAAAAGUGAUGCAAUUAUUUCCUUUUCUAAAUUUAAUGAAAUUGGCUAAUUAGAAUUUAAAAUCGCCACAGACAUUUUGCAAAGAAAAAACUGUAAAAUGCAUAGAAAAAUUCGAGUGGCACAGACAGUGCAUUAAAUGCCAGCAGUAGGUCCAAUAGGGGUUAGAAAUUAGAUUUUGUGGAGGAGAUAUAUUACAUAUACAUGUAGAUCUUAUUUCAGUUUGAUUUAAGGAAUGAAAAAAUUUUAAAUGUCAGUAUCGGAUCCAAAGCAACUAUAUCGUGUAAUUCUGAGUUCCAGUUAUGAACUGAACAUCGAUUAAAAAUAGUCGGAAUUGUUUGAAAUCGACCUAGAAUGUGAAAGCGAUAGAUAUAAAACAAAACACAAAGAGAACUUAAGGCAAAUGGGAAAAAAUAAAAUAACAAUACGCCUACAAUAUUCAGAGGACUGUCCGUUCGUGGUGUCUAAGUGGGUGACUACACA